ACUUUGUGUUUUUUCUUUUUACUUACUUUCUUUUCUCUCUUCCCUCCUACCCUCCUUGUUACUCACCUGUGAAAUCACCACAUCAAGGGAUGCGCUGUUGUUGAAUUCAAGAUGGAAGAGAGCAUGAGAAAAGCUGCAGAGGUUUUGAACAAGCAUAGUCUUGGUGGAAGACCACUGAAAGUGAAAGAAGAUCCUGAUGGGGAGCAUGCUAGAAGAGCAAUGCAGAAGGUGAUGGCAGCAGCUGGUGGGAUGGGCAUUGGCCCAGGACCAGGUGGCCCUGGAAUGAUUAAUAUCCCACCCAGCAUCCUCAACAAUCCCAACAUACCCAAUGAGAUUAUUCAUGCCUUACAGGCUGGGAGACUUGGAAGCACUGUCUUUGUUGCUAAUUUGGAUUACAAAGUCGGCUGGAAGAAGCUGAAGGAAGUAUUCAGCAUGGCUGGUGUGGUGGUCCGAGCAGAUAUAUUGGAAGACAAGGAUGGUAAAAGUCGUGGGAUUGGCACGGUUACAUUUGAGCAAGCUAUUGAAGCUGUUCAGGCUAUAUCAAUGUUCAAUGGGCAGCUGCUGUUUGACAGACCAAUGCAUGUGAAAAUGGAUGAGCGAGCCUUUCCGAAGGGAGACUUCUUUCCUCCAGAGAGGCCCCAGCAACUUCCCCAUGGUCUAGGUGGUAUUGGCAUGGGAUUAGGGCCAGGAGGUCAGCCUAUUGAUGCAAAUCAUUUAAACAAAGGCAUGGGAAUGGGCAACAUGGGACCUGGAGGAAUGGGAAUGGAAGGCAUGGGCUUUGGAAUGAAUAAAAUGGGAGGGAUGGAGGGUCCUUUUGGAAUGGAAAACCUGGGUCGCUUUCCAUCUGGAAUGAACAUGGGCAGAAUGAGUGAGAUGGAUCGAGCAAUGGGUGGAGGAUUUGAACGAGACUUUGGAAGGAAUGAGAUGGGGAUGUCUCGUACUUUUGGAGAUGCCCUUGAAAGAGGCAUAGGUGGUGGAACUGCUAGCAUUCCUGGAAUUGAGAGGAUGGCACCUGGCAUUGACCGCAUGGGCUCAGGGAUAGAAAGAAUACCUUCUGGGAUGGGGCAUGGGAUGGAGAGAGUGGGGUCUGAAAUGGACAGAAUGGGUCUUGUUUUGGAUCGCAUGAGUUCUAAUGUAGAUCGUAUGGGUUCGGGAAUUGAUCGAAUGGCCCCUCUGGGCAUAGAUCACAUUGCUCCCAAUAUUGAUAGGAUGGGUCCAGCUAUUGAGAGAAUGGGUUCAGGAAUAGAAAGAAUGGGUUCAGGAAUAGGUUUUGGGAUUGAUAGAAUGGGUACUGCUAUUGAUCGUGUUGGUACAACUAUGGACAGGAUGGGAUCAGGUGUAGAACCCAUGCGAACUGGCAUGGAUAGGAUGGGUCUAAGUAUGGAUCGUAUGGUACCUGCAGGAAUGGGGACUGGAAUGGGUCAAGUCCUAGAUAGAAUGCCAGCUGGAUUGGAUCGCAUAGGAGCUACUCCUAUGGAAAGAAUAGGAUUAGAUCGUAUGGCUGCAGCUCCUAUGGACAGAAUGGGAUUAGAUCGCAUGGGUGCUACAAAUAUGGAAAGAAUGGGGCCUGCUAUGGGACAGGGAAUGGGAGCAGGUAUAGAUCGAAUGGGACUUGCAAUGGGAAGCAAUUUUGAAAGAACAAUGGAUAUGGAUCGUGGAAACUUCGCAGGCAAUUUUGCAGGCUCUCUUGGAGGAACUGGAGGACCUGCAGCUGGCGUAGCCAGAAAAGCCUGUCAAAUAUUUGUGAGAAACCUCCCUUUUGAUUUCACAUGGAAAAUGCUGAAAGACAAAUUUAACGAGUGUGGUCAUGUGCUGUAUGCUGACAUCAAGAUGGAAAAUGGGAAGUCCAAAGGGUGUGGUGUGGUUAGAUUUGAGUCCCCAGAAGUAGCUGAAAGAGCCUGCAGGAUGAUGAAUGGGAUACAGCUUCGUGGCAGGGAGAUUGAUGUGCGAAUUGAUAGAAAUGCUUAAAUAGUUGCCUUUUAAAAUAUGGAUACCAGAUCCUCUGACCUUGUAUUUUUCUUGUUAACCAUUUUAAUUUGACUGGAUGUAAAAAUGUUAAACAAUUCAGUUGCUUUCUGGAGUAAUUUUAAUUACUUUUUUAACAAAUGGAUCUCCAUUUUACUGUUUUUUGCAUUGAAACUGCAAUGUGCACAAUCCUUUUUUUGUAGUUGUGGCAUCUUGUUGACAUUACAGAUGUAUACAGUAUGACUUUGAUAAUAAAUGCAAGUUACUGAAAA